GUUCAGUCACACAAUCGCGUUUGGUUGCAAGAGCAGUCAUGUCGGAGCAGGAGUCUCUAAAGAGCUCCAGCGCGAGGAACCGUGGAGGAGUGCAGCGGGUGGAGGGCAAGCUGAGAGCUAGUGUGGAGAGAGGGGAUUAUUAUGAGGCCCAUCAGAUGUACCGCACGUUAUUCUUCAGGUAUAUGUCACAAGCGAAGCACGCAGAAGCCCGAGAGUUGAUGUACAAUGGAGCACUACUCUUCUUUAGUUAUAAUCAGCAAAACAGUGCUGCAGAUCUGUCCAUGCUGGUACUAGAGUCACUGGAGAAAUCUGAGGACAAAGUAGAUGAUGACACAUUAGAACAUUUGGCUAAACUUUACAGCUUGAUGGACCCAAACACCCCCGAGCGGGUGGCAUUCGUCUCCAGAGCCAUCAAGUGGUCCUCGGGGGGCUCUGGAAAGCUGGGCCACCCCAAACUACACCAGCUACUGGCACUCACAUUAUGGAAAGAGCAAAACUACAGUGAGUCGCGCUAUCAUUUCCUGCGCUCGUCGGACGGAGAGGGUUGCGCGCAGAUGCUGGUGGAAUAUUCGUCGGCGCGAGGAUUUCACGGGGAGGUGGACAUGUUUGUAGCACAGGCCGUUUUACAGUUCCUCUGUCUAAAGAACAAAACGAGCGCGUCGGUGGUGUUCACCACAUACACACAGAAGCAUCCGUCUGUAGAGAAGGGUCCUCCGUUUGUUCAGCCCCUGCUUAACUUCCUCUGGUUCCUGCUGCUGGCUGUGGACGGUGGGAAGUUAACAGUCUUCACAGUGUUAUGUGAACAGUAUCAGCCGUCACUCAAGAAAGACCCCAUGUACAACGAGUACCUGGACAGAAUAGGGCAGCUGUUUUUUGGAGUGCCACCCAAACAGUCAUCAUCAUAUGGUGGUUUGCUAGGAAACCUAUUGAAUAGUCUGAUGGGCUCAGGAGAGGAAGAGGACGGUGAGGAAGCUCUGGAGGACAGCAGCCCCAUUGAGCUGGACUAAAACAUCUGUGACCAGAGACACGCUGGUCCCACGUCACAGAUCAGCCCCGUACAAACAAGUUCUACUGAACUGAACGAUGACCAAUCGCAUAUGCGUUCGGGCGCUCUUUUUCAACUCCUUCCUGUUAUUGUUGAACUUUGUUCUAUGAAUAUUUUUUAGAGAAUGAAGCUGCAACAAUAUGGAACUUCCUGGAGUUUUGCUGAACAAAAUUGAUAAAAGGAAGAUGCACUUCAGAUUCAGUCAUUGUGACGUCCUCUAUUUGUAGUUCCACAGAGCUGUUGGUGUCAGGGACCUUUGAUUUAUGGGAGGGGCCACGCUCCUGCGUUCCUGUCCCGCCGCGGAGGGUGGAGCUAGCU